GGGGCGGAGCAAGGGAAAUUGAUAUCCACGGGAUAAAAAGCCUGGUCUUUGACAUUGGCUUCCCACCUAAGGAAAGAUAAGGUUCGAGUCUGUAAGACUGAUCACCGUGCAGAGAAGAAACCUCACUAUUCUCAUGCUGGCUAUUCCAGUCUCUGACUAAGCGUCUGCUCUGAUCUGCUGAGCCUGUUGACAAAAAGCAGCCAACAGAACACCACCUGGUUCCUUACCAGCAGGAACUGCAGAGUGCAAAUCUCUUAAGUAUCCACUUUUCUCCUUUUCUUUUUGCGGGUACAAAGGUGGGACAGGAUGGUGCGAGCCAAGUCUUGGGUGCUGAAAAAGCAUUUUGAGGGCUUCCCCAAAGAUAGUGACUUUGAGCUGAAAGAGGUAGAGCUGCCAAAGUUAAAGGAUGGAGAUGUGCUGUUUGAAUCUGUAUUCCUCAGUGUUGAUCCUUACAUGAGACCAUACAGUACAAGAUCUAUGAAGGAGGGGGACACAAUGAUGGGCACUCAAGUUGCUAGGGUUGUGGAAAGCAAGAAUCCCACCUAUCCAGUAGGGACCUAUGUCGUGGCUAAUUCAGGUUGGAGAACUCACUUCAUCUCUGAUGGGAAAGAUCUACAUCUGCUUCCUUUUUGGCCAGAAAAGAUCCCCAGAUCUUUGGCUCUUGGGACAAUUGGCAUGCCAGGCCUCACUGCCUACUUCGGCCUGUUUGAGAUCUGCAAGAUCAGAGCGGGAGACACAGUGCUGGUUACUGCAGCAGCAGGGGCUGUGGGUUCAGUGGUGGGGCAGCUUGCUAAAAUCGGAGGCUGUAAAGUGGUUGGCUGUGCUGGCUCAGAUAAAAAGGUUGCUUAUUUGAAACAGAUUGGCUUUGAUGAAGCCUUUAACUAUAAGACGGUGGGAUCCUUGGAAGAAGCCCUGAAGAAAGCCUCACCUGAUGGCUACGACUGCUACUUUGAUAAUGUGGGGGGAGAGUUUUCAAGUAUUGCUCUUAAUCAAAUGAAGAGAUUUGGGAGGAUUGCUGUAUGCGGAGCUAUCUCUGGGUACAAUGACACAGUGCCCCAGAAAGGCCCUUAUGUUCAGAUUCCAAUGCUCUUCAACCAGCUUUCCAUGGAAGGAUUUAUCGUUUCCCGGUGGAAUGACAAGCGUGAAGAGGCCCUGAAGAGACUAUUAAAAUGGGUGGUAGAGGGGAAAAUCAAGUGUGAAGAACAUGUUACUGAAGGAUUUGAAAAAAUGCCAGCCGCUUUCAUGGGAAUGUUAAAGGGAGAAAACCUUGGAAAAGCAGUAGUAAAAGUGUAAAGAGGAUGUGGUUCACUCAACAUAAGAAACCUUUCUACAACCUGAAAAGCCAUGGCCAAAUGCUCAGCUGUAAUUUGCCAUUUCAUUAAAGUAAUCUAACAUGCUCAAAA